UUUUCUAGGGUUUUCGGGAGAUGGUUGCAGGCAAGCUGCGCUACCUGGUGCUGGAGCUUCUAAUCGACGCCGCCAGGAAGAAGCAGCAUCGCUUCGCGCAGAAGCACGUCUUUGGAGCGAUCAAGAAGAGCGUGCAAGACAAUUUUGGCCUCUACGGCGCUGCCAUUUGCGCCAAUUACCUCCAAGUGAAGUAUUUCAAUCCUGUCACGAACAUCGUCGUGGUUCGAUGCAGCCGCCAGGAGUACACCAAGAUUUGGAGCUCCAUAACUUUCAUACGUGCCAUCGAGAACAUUCCAACGCUCUUUAAUCUCCUCAUUCUAUCUGGAAGCACGAGAGCUUGCCGGAAGAAACUCGAGCAAGUGGAAGCUGAUCGCUUGGAGCUCCUCGAGAAAACACCGGGAUUGAAUCUCUCGCCAGAAGAAAUCAAGGAAGCCCAAGCUUACACCAAGCGAAAUGUAUCUCUGGAAUAGGAGUUUCGGAACAAAUCUCUCGAGUUAUAAACACUCGGGCAGAGUGUCCUCUAUCUCCAACCAGCAUAAGUUGGCCAAAAACGUAGUCCGCGAGGAGCUUUCCAUCCGUGAGGCCGAGGCGGAGCUCGAAUGACGCUUCCUGAUGCGGUCCAAGAGUGAAAGUAGCCGGCACGAUGUCCGCCGUGACGUUUUCGGGCCGGACCAGCGCAGCAGUGUACGUUUCCGCGACGUCGCUCACGCUGGAAACUCUUCUCUGGACGACAACGUUUCCUUUCAAGCUGGAGACGGUGAUGGAGGGCGAGUUGAGAUUAUAGGCGGCGUCCAUAGCUAUGGAGCAAUCGGAGUGCGUUGCCUGCUUGACUGCAUCUUUCCAGGCCUGCGUAGUGUUGAGCGAGCACAUGAAGCUCACAUAGUCUUGAUAACCUGACCAUCACUUGAAGGAUCAAUGAGAAGAACUUAGAAGUUUUCUACUCUC